GUGCAUCCGCUUAUGACUCGCCGUGAGCUCCGUGCAGGGAAGCAAACUGGGUUGCUGUGCUGCAGCUCUAGCUCGGAUAUGCUAAGACAGAGAGUGGCGGCUGGAAAGGUUUAGGCAGUGCGGGGUUUGCAUAAACACAGGGCGAGCGGGCAUUCAAGCUCUCUGCAGUGAGUGAGAGAUAAUUUGUUAUCCUUUGACGGGAGGGAGGGGGGAGGAGGGACGUGGAGAAUGAGUUACUCCUGUGCCAGCACAGAGGCUGUCUGUAGCAGCCAGGACACAGCCAGCAGCUCCAGCAAGCAGAGCACUGCCGGGCUUAAUCCUAGCAGCACCGGGGCCGCCAGCGGCAACGGCAACAGCAGCUCCUGUGGGAAUCAGGCGCAAAGUAACCCGAACCCAAACCGACGAGUACCGGCAAUGAAAGUGAAAAAGGGGUGCAACCCCACAGAAACGGGGCUCAUCCCGGCAACAACAGAAGACGAGCUGCUAAAUAAUCCGAUCAUAACUCCAGAGGAUGUGCUCGGGCUGCAGAAGAUCACUGAAAAUUAUUUAUGCGCCCCAUCAGAAAACGUUUACAGCAUCGACUUCACCAGGUUUAAAAUCCGGGACAUGGAAACCGGGACUGUGCUGUUUGAAAUCACCAAGCCCCCUGCACUGGAGAGAGGACAGGGGGAUAAGAAAGACUUUGACCCCAACGCUGGCAGGUUUGUCCGCUAUCAGUUCACUCCCGCCUUCCUCAGACUUCGCCAAGUGGGAGCCACGGUAGAGUUCACGGUCGGGGAGAAGCCCAUCAGUAACUUCCGCAUGAUAGAGAGGCAUUACUUCCGUGAGAAGCUGCUCAAGAGCUUCGACUUUGAGUUUGGGUUCUGCAUCCCCAGCAGUAAGAACACGUGUGAGCAUAUCUACGAGUUUCCCCCUCUCUCUGAUGAGAUCAUGCGUGAAAUGAUCCUCUGUCCUUACGAGACACAGUCUGACAGUUUUUACUUUGUGGAUAACAAGCUGGUGAUGCACAACAAGGCAGAUUACUCCUACAGUGGGGCACCCUAGGAGAGGAGAGAGGACGAGGAGGGGAGGAAUGAAAAGGGGACACACUCGCACACCGGCUUCACUCUACUACAGUAGCAGAACAUCAGAGAACCUGGAGUUAGCCUGCUUCAGUGACAAGAAGAAGCAGCAUCUGAACAUUCCAGCGGUACCUGUUAUCCCAUGGCAGCCACACACACGACAGUCCCACACAAACACACACACAAGUACACAUGUUCGUUUCCAGUGCGAGUGUUUGUGCGUGUGUGUGUGAAAUAAACACUGAUUUAGACUGUUGUCAGCAUUUUGACAGGUUAUUCAUAAAAACAAUAUUAUUUUCCGAACCUGCUUUGGUUGUGGAGAUGGAAGUUCACGGAGGGGGUGAAGAGUUAAGGCUUCCUUAUUAGUUGAGUGAAUGUAACUCGUGUGGUUUUGGCUCACCAGCGAGUAUCACUAAGCCCUGAGUUCAUGCCAUUUAGCAGCAGCAGUGACACAUGCAGUUAUGCUGAACAGGACUGCAGUGCUUGAAUGGCUGCUUGAACUCAGUCAAGACCAUUUUAAAUGAACUUGUCUAUGAUGAGAAGGACGCCAGCCUGUCCUACUGUUUUGAACCGGUUAUGAAGAACAUAACUUACCUAAACCAAUUGUCAACUGGAUAAGUUGUCCUUGGUGAGCAGAUAUUGAAUAGAAGUUUAUCAAGUAUUAACCACUUCACCUCCCCAGAACGACUGUUACACAGUAUGGUGAUGUACUUCACCAGAAGAACUUCAGGUGUAGCACAGCCAUCCACCUUCUUGUGUGAUUACUCAUAUCCACACGCAGAUCAGGGAUGAGAGCAAUACUGUUUUAUUAAUGUAAAAAAAGCACUGUAAGGAAAACAAUCAUGAUUUGGAUCAAUGAUUUUUUACUGUUGCCGCUUGGUUUGAAACACACCCACUAUAUCAGUAUGUAACCCACAGCUGAAAAAAAUAAUCAGAAAAUAUCCCGCAAAUCAGUGAAGUACAUGGUGGUUAUCUUUAGAAUUAAAUUCAGCUAAGUGUUUCCAGGGGGGGGAGUGUGUGUGUGUUUGCGUGUGACGCACUAACAUCAGGAACUAAUUUGUUAUGCUGCGAUGCAGUUUGACUGUUAUACUUGGUGUAUCAAUUAGAGUUAGAAACUGAUUUCUAUUAACACGUGAUCAUGGAUCAAUGUUGUCUUUAUCACAGUUCAGGCGCUUGUGUGUUUGUGUAGGCGGGCAUAUCCAUAGCCAUUAAAGGCUGAUAGAUGUUUUAUUUUUAUUAACAAAAAUCUUAACAAUUCCAAAUUUGCAUUGUUUUAAAUAGAAAAAUAAAAGUAUUACAGAUGAUGCCCCGCAGACCUGUCUAAUAAAACAGUUCGCACCAUGUGAGCAUCCGAAUCACUAAGGGUUAUUUAUUGUAUUUUAUUGUACUUUUUGUAGGAUAUACUGCUUGGGGUUUGAAAGCAUUUGUUCUAAAGAGGCAGCACAAUCCUUUUAAGGAAUAAACAUUUUCACUUUUUAUAUAUACAUAUAAAAACCUGCUGUUACAUAAACAGCCUACAUAUAGUGGAUACAAUGGAAGGGGGUUAUUUGGGUUCAUUUUAAAUGAUGUCAAUGCGGAGAAUAGUUUAGGAUCAUGGGUCUCCAUUUCAAUGGGGCAGAUAGGCUACAGGACAGGCAGACCAUUUUUAUAUAGCAAUAUUUCAUAGUGCAUUAGUGUGCAGUUAAAAUGAUCACAGUCAUGCAUUUUAAAAUAGGAGGCGCAAUUCUACAGGAAUUCUGCUAAGAAAUAAUACAAGCAAGCACCACUCAUGCACUUCCAGCUAAAGGGGGAAAAACCGACCAAGAUAUCUUCCUGUGAAAAAUACUCGGUGUCUGCGUUUUUUCUUCCUACUAUAUGUCUUUGAUCAGCCAUGAAAAGCGAAACUGAAAUCUGCACAAUUAAAACCUGCCCAAGCUUUUGCCAUGUAGCUGUUUUUGAAACUGCAAUGUGUACUGAGGCAAAGAGUGACCCUGAGAGAUUUGCACGCUGCAUUCAGAGUGCAGUUAGUUCUGUUACAUGUCAAAGGGUGAUUCAGAGUAACCAGGCAUUGCUGUUCUGCCUUUACCAUGCAAGCAACCUCAGUCAUGUAAUGAACAUCCUCAUCAAUUUCAAACAGUGGUAAAUAAUUUCCCUCCUUCCAAAUCCUCUUGAGUGUGCAAUACCUUGAGCCAUUCUAAUCACAACCUGUGAAACAUUUUCAACCCUCACAAAUCACCAUGUGUAUGUUACAACGUAGUUAGGUAGAGGAACGUUGAACCUGGAUGUGUUUUAAUAUGUUCUGAUGUAAAUCUACCUGAAUGUCAAUCCCCCUCAAGAAAGAGUGGCUUUUUACCUACAGAUGUGUUGUAGAUACUUACAAAUACUAUUGUGUCUUCACAUGUUAUACUGUGCUGUAAUGGAAGAUGUAAUGUCCUCUCACUUUAUUGAGUGAUCAGUGACCACAAGGCAAAUAACAUGAACAGGUAGAAAAAUAAUAAUCACUGCUCAUUUCAGUAAAGCGGUAAAGCAUCUCUGAAUCAUUUGUGUUUUUAUCUUUAGGAAAUGAAUCUGAACUCAUUACAAAUCUAUCGAUCCUAAACGCUAUUGCUUGUGGUGCUUACUGAAGUAAAAAGAAAGCAGCCAGCCACAGUACGAAGAGCACACUUGUGAGUACAGUGAGGUAGAUCACAUCUUUCCUUACCAGGGAUAUAGUGUAUUGCCAGUCUGGAUAAUAAAUAUAUAUGUGAUUUUUUUAA